AAAAAGUAGAGACUAAAGAGUAAAGACACCAAGUCAUAACCCACCCCAAUUAACCCAUUUUGAUUUUUGAAGGGUACCGCUGAACCAACAACGUGCAAAGCUCCUGCCUCCCACGUUCCUCUCUCUCUCUGCUCUUCUCCUACCCAUCUGUUCACCUUCUAGGGUUAGGGAUUGCUGCAAUGGCAGCUACGAGCGGGUUCGCCACUUCUUUUUCGGGCGUGAAGUUGGAGUCUCUCCUAUCUUCCUCAAGGAUUUCUUCUUCAACAUCUUCCUCUUCUCAGGUUCGUUUAUUUUGCAAGCCCGCCGGUAACAGGAGACGAAUCGCUACCAGAGGGCUCUCUUUGAACCCUAGGUGUGAGGCUGCGUCCGAUGUUUUGGUUCAGGAUGAGAACGUCGAUUCGAGGGCUUCCAGCGUUUUCAUUCUCGAACAGCUCAAGACAUCGGCGGCUGAUAGAUAUACCAAGGAAAGGAGUAGCAUUGUUGUCAUAGGGCUUAGUGUGCACACAGCACCAGUAGAGAUGCGUGAGAAACUUGCCAUUCCAGAAGCAGAAUGGCCUCGAGCCAUUGGAGAGCUGUGUGGCUUGAACCAUAUAGAAGAAGCUGCUGUUCUUAGUACCUGCAACAGAAUGGAAAUAUAUGUAGUGGCUCUAUCUCGGCAUCGUGGGAUCAGAGAAGUGACUGACUGGAUGGCCAAGACAAGUGGAAUUCCUGUUUCGGAUCUUCGUCAACAUCUUUUUCUACUUCAUGACGAUGAUGCCACACAGCAUCUGUUUGAAGUGUCUGCUGGGCUUGACUCUCUAGUUCUAGGAGAAGGACAAAUCCUUGCUCAGGUCAAACAAGUUGUCAAAGUUGGACAAGGUGUUGUUGGCUUUGGGAGAAAUAUCAGUGGACUGUUCAAGCAUGCAAUCAGUGUUGGAAAACGUGUUAGAACUGAGACCAACAUUGCAUCUGGUGCAGUUUCUGUCAGUUCUGCUGCUGUUGAACUUGCCCUCAUGAAGCUUCCUGAAUCCUCGUCUUCCACUGCCAGAAUGUUGGUGAUUGGAGCAGGCAAGAUGGGAAAACUUGUGAUUAAACACUUGGUUGCAAAAGGGUGCACAAAGAUAGUGGUUGUCAAUCGAUCUGAGGACAGAGUUGCUGCCAUCCGUGAGGAGCUAAAGGAUGUUGAGAUAAUCUACAAGCCCCUAACAGAAAUGCUCAAUUGCACUGCAGAAGCUGAUGUGAUUUUCACCAGCACAGCCUCAGAAACCCCAUUGUUCUUGAAGGAGCAUGUUGAAGCACUCCCUAUUGGCAGUCCAGAAAUUGGCGGAUUGAGGCUCUUCAUUGAUAUAUCUGUUCCCAGGAAUGUAGGCUCUUGUGUCUCAGAUCUCAAGACUGCGAGAGUCUACAAUGUUGACAAUCUUAAGGAAGUUGUAGCAGCUAAUAAGGAGGACCGACACCGCAAAGCAAUGGAAGCCCAGGCAAUUAUUGCUGAGGAAUCAAAACAAUUCCAAGCUUGGAGAGACUCCCUUGAAACUGUUCCAACCAUCAAGAAACUGAGAGCAUAUGCUGAAAGAAUUAGAAUGGCAGAGUUAGAAAAGUGCUUGUCGAAAAUGGGUGAUGAUAUCCCAAAGAAAUCAAGGAAAGCUGUGGAUGACCUCAGCCGUGGUAUAGUAAACAAGCUCCUUCAUGGUCCAAUGCAGCACCUGAGAUGUGAUGGCAGUGAUAGCCGGACCCUGAGUGAGACACUUGAGAAUAUGCAUGCACUUAACAGGAUGUUCAGUCUUGAAACAGAGAUAUCCAUUUUGGAACAAAAAAUUCGAGCUAAGGUGGAACAAACACAAAAAUAAGAUUUCAAAACAGAUGUCUUUCACCUCACUUCUUUCGUUUGUCAAAUUCAAAUAAGAGGAUAACAUCCUCACAUUGUCAUCAAUGUCAUUUCUGUUAUAUUCUUCAUGCAGAGGAAAAGAGACAGAGUUGGUUCCAAUGGGGGUCAUUUAAUUCAACGGGAGUUGAUAGGAGCUUCUGCCCAAUUCGUGUGUAGGAUGCAUUUGUAUAUUUAUAAUGUAUAAUCUAAUUUUCUGCCCAGCCUGAGGAAAGGAGCAACUUUUUGAUGUGAGCUUGAACCUGUAAUGAAUGAUAUAUUUAUCAAGUUGCUGCUAACAAUGGACAGCCUACGUACGGAGAAACAUUUUUCUUGUAAUUAUCUACUGAUGAAUUCAGUUUUGAAAUAUAUUUUCUUCUUCA